CGCGCCCACGGCGGGGGCCCAGGCCCCCCGGCGCCGCCCAGGGCCCGCGCGGACGCCGGCCUCGCUUGUUAUUCCCCCCGCCCGGAGCUGCGGGUGCCCGGUGUUGAAGAUCCCCGGACCGGCGACGAAGGCCACCCCUCCCAGCAGUGACACCCCCUUCCCCCAGCGGGGCCGGACGCUGUACAGAAGGUAUCCUGCAGACCAUGAACUGAGCCCUGGUCCCAGGCCGUUCAUGAGCACAGUGUAAGGUGUGCCGAGACCUGCCACCCAGCGAUCCCCUCCCCUCCCUAGCACUGAGGAUCCCCGGAGAAGAUGGGGAGGAAAAAGAUUCAGAUUCAGCGAAUCACUGAUGAGCGGAACCGACAGGUGACAUUCACCAAGCGCAAGUUCGGGCUGAUGAAGAAGGCAUAUGAGCUGAGCGUGCUCUGUGAUUGUGAGAUUGCGCUCAUCAUCUUCAACCACUCCAACAAGCUGUUUCAGUACGCCAGCACCGACAUGGACAAGGUCCUGCUCAAGUACACAGAGUACAACGAGCCACAUGAGAGCCGCACCAACGCCGACAUCAUUGAGGCGCUGCACAAGAAGCACAGGGAGUGUGAGAGCCCUGAGGUGGACGAGGUGUUUGCCCUGACCCCCCAGACGGAGGAGAAGUAUAAAAAGAUAGACGAGGAGUUUGAUAAAAUGAUGCAGAGUUAUAGACUGGCCUCAGCCGUGCCAGCCCCCAACUUUGCCAUGCCUGUCACGGUGCCUGUGUCCAACCAGAGCUCACUGCAGUUCAGCAAUCCCAGCGGCUCUCUGGUCACCCCUUCCUUGGUGACGUCAUCCCUCACGGACCCACGGCUCCUGUCCCCCCAGCAGCCAGCGCUGCAGAGGAACAGCGUGUCCCCGGGCCUGCCACAGCGGCCAGCCAGCGCAGGGGCCAUGCUGGGGGGAGAACUCAACAGUGCUAAUGGAGCCUGCCCCAGCCCUGUCGGGAAUGGCUACGUCAGUGCCCGGGCGUCCCCCGGUCUCCUCCCCGUGGCCAAUGGCAACAGUCUAAACAAGGGCAUCCCUGCCAAGUCUCCACCCCCACCUACCCACAGCGCCCAGCUUGGAGCCCCCAGCCGCAAGCCUGACCUGAGGGUCAUCACCUCCCAGGGAGGAAAGGGGUUGAUGCAUCAUUUGACUGAGGACCAUUUAGAUCUGAACAAUGCCCAGCGCCUUGGGGCCUCCCAGUCUACCCACUCGCUCACCACGCCAGUGGUUUCCGUGGCAACACCAAGUUUACUCAGCCAGGGCCUCCCCUUCUCUUCCAUGCCCACUGCCUACAACACAGAUUACCAGCUGAGCAGCGCUGAGCUCUCCUCCCUCCCAACCUUCAGCUCCCCCGGGGGGCUGUCGCUAGGCGGUGUCACCGCCUGGCCGCAGCCUGCGCAGCAGCCACAGCCGCCCCAGCCCCAGCCGCCCCAGCCUCCCCAGCCGCCGCAGCAGCCACCCCAGCCGCCCCAGCCACCGCAGCAGCAGCAGCAGCAGCCACAGCCACAGCCCCACUUGGUCCCCGUGUCUCUCAGCAGCCUGAUCCCGGGCAGCCCUCUGCCCCACGUGGGGGCCGCCCUCACGGUCACCACCCAUCCCCACAUCAGCAUCAAAUCGGAGCCGGUGUCACCCAGCCGGGAGCGGAGCCCUGCACCGCCCCCGCCAGCCGUGUUCCCGGCCACCCGCCCGGAGCCCGGAGAUGGCCUCAGCAGCCCUGCCAGCAGCUCCUAUGAGACCGGGGACCGGGACGACGGACGGGGGGACUUCGGGCCCACGCUGGGCCUGCUGCGUCCAGCCCCGGAGCCUGAGGCUGAGGGCCCCGCGGUGAAGAGGAUGCGGCUCGACACCUGGACAUUAAAGUGACGAUUCCCACUCCCCUCCUCUCAGCCUCCCUGACGAAGAGUUGACAAUCUCACCGCCCACCCCUCCCCACCCUGGGCUCCUCCCGCUCGACCCCCACUUCCUUUUGUGCUCCAUGUCCUGUUGACGGUUACAUUUGUGUAUAAUUAUUAUUAUUAUAUUAUUAUUAUUAUUAUAUUUUUUUUAAUUUGGAUUCUGGCUUUGGAGAGGGGGAUGUUCCCAUCCCUCUUUUUGCACCCCCUACCAUUUUACUGGCUGGGGGGGGCUGUUUUUUGCGGGAAGGGGGGGACACUUUGCACGUUGUACACAUAUGCUGCAGGAGGGGGUGGGGAGCCCUAUAGGCCUUUGGGACAGGACAGGUGUCGAGCCCUGCAUGCGGAGCCCUCCCACCCCAUCCCCCAGAUAGAGGGAAAUAACCAAAAAACCUACCAAACAACAAAACCCCUUACAAUAGACUGAAACCCCAAAGUCGGCUUGAUGGGUGGGUUUGUGUUUUGGGGGGAAGUGAGGCACAGCUUCUGAAAAGGAUCUCUGCUUCUGGGCUGUUCUGUGGCCACGGGCAUAUGCAGGCCUGGCCCCCACAUGCCCCUGCACACACACCACACACUCUCAUGGAUUUCUGCGUGAGCUAUACCCCCAAGGUGUGGGAUGCUGGCCGAGCUUUUAGGCUGGGAAGGCUGCCUGGGAAUCAGGCUGGAGGCAGGUUUUAAGGCGGGGGCCCCUCAGAAGCACAUUUCGAGAGAAAGAUGGAGAGCUGUGAGCGGGGGCCGAGAGCUGGGCUGUGGGUGAAUUGGGGCCCCUUCCUUCCCUGGCAGUUUCUCUAAGAUAUGCAGUGCAAUAGCUCCCCGUCCCUCAGCUGACCCCAGCCCCAGAGAGCUGGCCACAACGUGCAGGGGGUAUGGAGAUGUGGGGAAGCUCCAGUGAGGUGGCCCAGCAGGACCGGCACCCUGGCAUCCAGGGGCAGGUGUGAGUGGGGGCUCACUCUUCCUUGCAGGAGGGAUGCUGGGGUGGCCGUGAGGGUGGGAGGAGGCCCACCUCCCCCUUUCCUCCUGGACCCUCCCAGCCCCUCUUAUUAGCUCCUCUGCUCCUGAUCCCAUGACCCCACCUCCCUGCUCUGGGCGUCCUCCUGGUCAGCUACCUCCUGUCCCACCACCCCCAGGCCGCAGCCCACCUUCCCUCUUGGCUACUGUAAUUGUAAAUAGCAACCUUUGGAAAACGUUAGCAGUGUAACAGUCCAGGAAACUGUUUUUUUUUUGUUGUUGUUGUAUUGAUAUGAAAUGAGAUUCUAUUUUUGUCAAAGUAUAUUGUAAUAAUAAUGACUCACGCGGCCCGUACUGUACAGAUGAGACUCUUCUGCUGUUGUUCCCGCCGCCCUCCCUGCCCCCGCCCCACCUCUGCUGCCACCCCAAGGGGUCCUGGAUCACAGAUCAAACUGGAGGGGCAGGCGCCCAGACCAUCCUAAGUGGCCUGACCCGAGGUGGCGGGUGGCAAUGUGCCCCAGCCCUUCACCUGUGUCUGCUCCUCUGCCCCAGGACGCAGCGCUGCCUGGGGGUUUCAUCCCAGUGGGACAGCGGACGGUAGGCCAGGCCCAGCUGAGUGGUAGGGGACUGUCCAGACUUGCCUCUGUGACCCAGCCGCUUGCAGUAUUCCAACACUUGACACAGGGAAGGAACCAGAAGCAGGGGUGUAUGUGACCGCAUGUGGACCUGAGCGUGUCUGUGAGGACAUUGGUGUGCGUGUGUGUGUGCGUGUGUGUUUGUGCGUGUGUGUCUGUGAGCCCAUCUGGGACUAUACGUGAAUCUGUGUGUGAAUCGAACUCUGAGGGCCUGUGUGCAUGUGCCUGGGUUUUGGCAGUGGGACAGGGGCUUCCGUGCUGCACAACCCCGGCUCCCAGCUCCACCCUCCUCCAGCUCAACCCUCCUGCCAUCCCUGCCCCUGCCCUGUUCUACCCUCAGCCUUGACUGGUUUGGGCUGCAGUUGGGGGGAUCUGGCAGCUGCCCAUUUGCUUCUCCCUGGGGCCCUGCCUCUCCUGGGUUCCACGCACAAGUGGCUCCCUUUCCCGCUCUUCCCCCACCCCAGUCCUGCUUUCAGGGUGCCACUCAUGUUCCUCUUCCUUCUUGAAGCUGCUUCUUUGGUCCAAGAUCCCUCCUUACUCAGAGUUCAACCCCCCACCUGCCGACUGGGUACACAGCAUGUCCCAACCUACUCCAUGGGUUCCUAGAGGGAGUUUCAAGAGUCGAUGAGAUUUGAUCAGGGCCUUGAAAUAUGCCAGGGUGUAGUCGUGUGUGUGUGUGUGUGUGUGUGCGCGCGCGUGCAUCCCCAGAGCCUUGCCCAGUGUCUGGCGUGUAGUUGGUGUGCAGUAAAUGCUGAAUGGGUGAAUGGGUGAGUGAUAGGUGCUCGAUGGAGCUUGAGUGACUGGUUUUCCCUUCCUAGCUAUUCCUGCCAGCAGUCCGCCCACCUCUGUAAGCUGGGCUUGGCCACCACUAGACACGCGGUGGGGACGAGAGCCUCUGCAGUUCACGGUGCAAUAUUCACCAGUUUUGCCCUCUGCCUUGUAACGGCAAACCUGGCUUUUGAUGACUGUGUGUGUGUGUUUGUGUGUGUGUGUGUCCUCUCUCCCCGGGGGUGGGGAUGGGUCUGUGAAUGAAUAUGUGACAUAUCUGCAAUGUAGUAUCCCAGGGUUUCGCUUGGGGGUAGGGGCUCCUGGCUGGCCAGACGCAUGGGUCCCUGAGAACCCAGACCUCAAGGGGGCUUUAUUUCUUCCUCUCACAAAGCCAAAUUUGCCUCCACCUACUCCUUCCUCCUAAGAACUGGGCGUUUGCCAAAGUCAUCACUGGAGUCAUCCCACGCCCCUCCCCUCGCAGCCAUCCCACAGCUCUCAGGGACUGUGGGCAAGAGGACCUUCCCAUUCCCCCGGGAUGCACCACCCUCCCUCCAGGGUAGUGGCAGAGCACUCUGUGCAGCAAGACUGACCCCUGACCUCUACCCAGCCCUCCCCACCUUAGACAGGAAGGAAGUAAUGCACCUUCUCUUGAUGAUUAUUUAUUUGUUUGGAGAGAGAGAAAUGAUGUAAAAGUGUAUCUAGAAAUAUCUAUAUCUAUAUAUUUUUAACUGACUCUUUGGAAUCCCCUGGGGUGGGGUGGGGGUAAAUUUAGGCUAUCGUGGCAGAGGAGAGACCUGGAGCCUGGGACCUCCUGUCCUCUCCUCUGCCACCUCUUUCCACCCACUAAGCAAUGGUGGAGGGCGUGGCAUUUGUGUGGGGGCAGGGGGCUGCAAUGUUCUAUGGAGAAUCUGGAUUCUCUUUGUCUUCCCCGUUCAAGUCCCAGAGGGAAGGGGGAGGGAGGGGAGGCAUGGAGGUGCCCCCCAAACCUGACAAUCACCCACACUCCUGGGGCUGCUCCUGGGUCCUGGGCAGGGCGAGUCCAAGUGUGUGGCUGUUGAUUUGUUUUCAAUAUUUCUUUCCGUGCUGUAUGGUGAUGCUUUCUUAGUAUUCUACACAAUAAGAAGACAAAAGUUCUCGGGAUUCUUAUGAGUUUUGUUUGAAAACUCUUUCACUAUAUUUGUUGUAAAGAGGUUUACUAUUAAAAGAAAAAGAAUACACAUUUCUGAUA